GAAGUCCAGGAGUUCGUGAUGGGAAUUCGUUUACAGAGUGGGGGAUGUUUCGGUGGCUUAAGAUGUUAUCAGAGGUUGUUGGUGCACUGGUUCCAUUUUUGAAAUGGUGUAAGCAUCCCCUUGUUGAAGACGCAGCAGUUCGACCUUAUAAUUUUAAAGAAAUUAGAAUAGCUGCCGCUUCAGCCAUGCCAAAGAUACUGAAUUCAGCUACAGAAGUUGUAGAAUACAGCGACCCACAGGACUAUGAUCAAAAUAUGCAAUAUGUCGAGACAUUAUCUAAUAUGGUCAUAGGUGCUUUAGAGGAAGCUUCAGAUUUGGAACCUGACGAGGAUGUUCGUUUUGACAUAUUGUAUGCUUUGAAUGACUGCGUACAAUAG